AUGCCUUCCAUCACCUCCAUCCUCUUCGCCGCCGCCUCUCUGGCUCCCCUCGCCCGGGCUAGGACCGACCUGCAAGGCUGCACCUCUUCCACCGUCAUCCAGUACGGCGGCGCUUCCCUCCUCUACUACGUCCCCGGCACCGGCGAGAUCUGCGCCUUCCUCGACUGCGGCGGUGGCCGAGCGCCCCCCAAGACCACCGUUCCCGGCUGCGCUGCCUACUCCGGUACUGCCACCUACUCGCCCUCCUACCUCCCGGGCUACGGCAGCAUGGCCUCCAGCACGGCCAGCGCUACCCCAAGCAGUGCCGAGAGCGCUUCGACGCCCGCCAUCACGGGCUCGUCCUCCUCCUCCAGCUCUCCGGCUGGCUCUGCUAGCGCUGUGGUCACUAUGGUACGAAACACUUCGACUUUCGAUCCCAUGCUUUACUAAUUACAUUUCUCGCGUAGACCACCGCCGUCAUGAGCAAGGCCUCCAGCCUCUCCGUCAGCUCAGGCAACUCUUCCGCCGCCGCGGUCGCCGCUUCCUCUGUCUCCUCCGCCAAGCCCAUGGGCACCGGCAGCGGCGUCUCCCCUGGAUCUGCUGGCAGCAGCAACGGCACCCUCUCGACCGGCUCGCCAAGCUCCUCUCGACCGUCCGUGGCCGUCAGCACUGGCGGCGCUGCCAAGCUCUUGGUCGGCAGCGCCGGAAUGGUGGCCUUCGGUGCCCUCGUCGCAGCUCUCUAG